GGUUUAACCGUGCACGCGCCGCUGUUUGUGUGCUAUCAGUGGAAGAUGGCGACCAGAGUCCUUCACAGCUCCUGCUCCGGCCUGUACCGGGCUGCAGGACCGUCCCGGGGCAAAGGGCACGCGACUACCGUUAUCAGGAGUCUGUCAGCGUCCCAUAACCGCCAGCGAGAGGACAGCUGGUUUAAGUCUCUGUUUGUGCGGAAGGUGGACCCCCGGAAAGACGCUCACUCACAUCUGCUGGCCAAGAAGGAGGACAACAACCUCUACAAAAUACAGUUUCACAAUGUGAAGCCAGAGUGUCUGGAGGCCUACAACAAGCUCUGUGAGAACGUGUUGACCAACAUCCACAUUGACAAGAAUUACCCGUGUGAGCUGGUGGGCACCUGGAACACCUGGUACGGGGAGCAGGAUCAGGCCGUGCACUUGUGGAGGUACAGAGGAGGAUAUCCAGCCCUCACAGAAGUCAUGAGUAAACUCAAGAAUAACAAGGAGUUUCUGGAGUACCGCAGUGAGCGAGGGAAGAUGCUGCUGUCCCGCCGUAAUCAGCUCCUGCUAGAGUUCAGCUUCUGGAACGAGCCUGUGCCACGAGACGGACCCAACAUAUACGAGCUGCGCUCUUACCAGCUCAGACCCGGCACCAUGAUCGAAUGGGGAAACUACUGGGCGAGAGCGAUCGGUUACCGGCAGCACAACCGUGAGGCCGUCGGUGGAUUCUUCUCUCAGAUCGGCAGCCUCUACAUGGUCCAUCAUCUGUGGGCGUAUAAGGACCUGCAGUCCAGAGAGGACACGAGGAACGCCGCCUGGCAGCACGAGGGUUGGGAUGAAGUCGUCUAUUACACUGUGCCGCUGAUUCAACACAUGGAGUCCAGGAUCAUGAUCCCGCUGAAGAACUCUCCACUGAAGUAACACACACACACACACACACACACUGCUGCUGAGUCCCCAUCAGAUGAAGACAGACAGCAGACCCUCUACUGCCGAGAUCAUCCGGAUCAACACACACACACACACACACACACACACACAUCUGUCAUAUAGAGUUAAGUUGAACAUGAUGGAGCGCUCUGCAGAUCUCCAGAACACAGCCAGCAGCCAUCGGUCUGUAUUUAUUGCAUAUUUAUUAGCUGUACAUGUAAAGCCCACACAGAUGAGGAGCGGGACAGCAGCAGCAGCAGAUUGAUCAAUGCUUCGGUCAGGCUGUGUGCAGACGUCUGAGUUACUGUAUUUGAUUUGGAUUGUGUUUCUACAUAGAUGUGCGUUUGAUAUGAUUCUGCUCUGAUUGAGGAUGUGUUCUGUGUGUGUGACGGCCGCAUGCUCAAUCGCUCAUCUGUUAAUCAAUAAAUCAUCUUCUCUAUAGUAAAAUCA